UAUUUUGAAAACACGCGGCUGUGUUUUGAUAACGGCUGGGGAAGAAGCUGUCAUUUACGCUCCUCGGGCCGAUUUCUGGUCCGAGAGCUGCAGUUUCCUCAGCUAAACCGACACAAGUGUAACUGCUUCACCCGAGGCCACCAUGGGAUUUACACUGAGACGCUUUCUUGGUGUUAAACCGUCGAAAGCGCCCCUGCUGCUGCCUUUCCUGCUCACACUGCUGCUCGUCGGGAGCCGAAGCGAAAGCGACCCGAUGGACAACGUCGCAACAGAGAGGAUGGCUGAGGAGAGCCACCGACAGGACAGUGCCAACCUGCUCAUAUUCAUCAUGCUCCUGACGCUCACCAUUUUAACCAUAUGGCUCUUCAAACACCGCAGGUUUAGGUUCCUGCACGAAACGGGACUAGCUAUGAUCUAUGGCCUGUUGGUGGGUGUGAUCCUGCGGUUUGGCAUCCAUGUGCCCCAAAGCACGAGCGACGUGAUCCUCAGCUGCGCCGUCAACGCCAGUCCUGCUACUCUGCUGGUCAGCGUGUCGGGGCGCUUCUACGAGUACACGCUGAAGGGGGAGGUCAGCCGUGGCAAAGGUCACCAAGUGCAGGACGACGAGAUGCUAAGAAAGGUAACUUUUGAUCCUGAGGUGUUUUUCAACAUUUUGCUGCCUCCCAUCAUCUUCCAUGCGGGUUACAGUCUGAAAAGGAGACAUUUCUUCAGAAACAUUGGCUCCAUCCUGGCCUAUGCUUUCAUGGGAACAGUCAUAUCCUGCUUUGUUAUUGGACUGAUCAUGUACGGCUUUGUGUCCUUCAUGAAAGUUGUGGGCCAGCUCGGGGGGGAUUUUUACUUCACUGACUGCCUCUUCUUUGGGGCCAUCGUUUCAGCAACAGACCCUGUGACAGUUCUGGCUAUCUUCAAUGAACUAAAAGUAGACGUUGACCUGUAUGCUUUACUGUUUGGGGAGAGUGUCCUCAAUGAUGCUGUGGCCAUCGUCCUCUCCUCUGUUCUCCUACGCUUGGAAAAGCAGAGUAGGCAGGGGGCCGGAGCUGUGCGCUCCACAGGAGAUGAUGAACCAAUCUGGCCCAAGGGGGUGGAGGAAUGGCUGGGAGAAAACCAGACAUUGACUCCUCGCUCCAUUGUGGCGUACCAGCCUGCAGGUGACAACAGCCACAGUUUCGAAGCCAUGGCCAUGUUGAAAUCUUUUGGCAUCUUCCUGGGCGUCUUCAGUGGAUCUUUUGCUCUUGGAGUGGCUACCGGAGUCAUGACUGCUUUCGUGACCAAGUUUACUAAGCUGAGAGACUUCCCCUUGCUGGAGACGGCUCUCUUUUUCCUGAUGUCCUGGAGCACCUUUCUGCUGGCUGAGGCCUGCGGGUUCACAGGUGUAGUAGCUGUGCUGUUCUGUGGAAUCACUCAGGCUCACUACACCUUCAACAAUCUCUCACCCGAAUCUCAGGACAGGACCAAACAGUUGUUUGAGCUGCUGAACUUCCUGGCAGAAAACUUCAUCUUCUCCUACAUGGGCCUGACGCUCUUCUCCUUCCAGUCACACGUCUUCAACCCUUUGUUCAUUAUUGGAGCCUUUGUGGCUGUAUUUAUUGGCAGGGCUGCAAACAUCUACCCCUUGUCCUUCCUCCUCAACCUGGGCCGCAAGAACAAGAUCGGAUCCAACUUUCAGCACGUUAUGAUGUUUGCAGGUCUGCGUGGGGCGAUGACCUUUGCCCUUUCUAUUCGAGACACAGCGACCUACGCCCGUCAGAUGAUGUUUUCAACCACCCUCCUGAUUGUUUUCUUCACUGUCUGGAUCUGUGGAGGGGGCACUAUGCCCAUGCUGUCCUUUAUGAGCAUACCAGUGGGAGUGGAUUCUGAUCAAGAACACUCUAGUUCAGCCGUGUUGGAUGGGUCACAGCGGAGGAACACCAAACACGAGAGCGCCUGGCCUUUCAGGAUCUGGUAUAACUUUGACCACAACUACCUGAAACCCCUGCUGACCCACAGUGGUCCUCCUCUGACUGCUACCCUGCCUGCUUGUUGUGGACCUCUGGCACGAUGCCUCACCAGCCCACAGGCCUAUGAGAAUGAAGGCCAGCUCCACGACGACGACUCUGACUUCAUCCUGAAUGAUGCCAGCGUGAGCUCCAUGUACGCCGACGUCACCGUCAGCACGGACGCAUCCGGAUCGCGCACCAUCAACCCCAAGCGGUCCUCCGCCGCCAGCGCCGGGGGCGGCCCGUUCGACGAAGGUCUGGAUCACGAGCUCGCCACGGCGGAACAUGAAGUGGCGAUCCGGGGCACACGCCUGGUCCUGCCCAUGGACGACCCGGUGGAGCCCCCGACCACCGUCACCCUGCCGCCACCACCAUCCCCGCCACGCUCCGAACCUCGCAGACACAGACUGUGAGAGAGAUUUGCACUGUCAGGAGACGUGGUUUGUUGUUCUCAAGUUCAAAAAUCACACACGAUCCCAGUUGAUUUCACAGCAAAAUGAAUCGUUUUAAUUAAUGUGUUUGGAUUUUUGAACAAACUGCUUUUAUGGUAUGAGUUCUAUUUACGUCUCAUGUUGACGGGACCACUUCUCUGUCUAACAUGCUGUUUUAAAAUUGUGUCAGCUUUUACCAACUUGAGAUGUGAUUGAUUUACCUCCCCAUUUAGGUGGAUUUUGAAUGUGAAUAAUGCACUACAUGUAACUUAAGGAACUUUAAAUCAAGACCAUCUCAAGUUUAUAGGCUACUUCAAAUCAUAUGAGAUGCACAUUUAGCCACUACUAAGGAGGCUAAAAAUGGGACUUUGCUCCUACGUUUGUACUACUGUGGUGAUAUGCCAGUACUCUUUAAAAGCCCCAGCUCCUUCUAGGUGUGUGGGUCGACCCAUAGAACAGCUGUAUAUGCAGUUUACCUUUCUCUCUGUGGUGGUGGAGUUCCUACUGGCGACAGUUUCUUUAUUUGUCCAGCUUCCUACAGGUACUGAAGAUCACAAUCACCCUGAAAUCUUUAACAUUCAGCACUGUUUAAAAGCAUUUACAGUACCAUUGCAUUACUAACUUCACUAACAAAGAUUGUUUGACUUGACCUCAAGUUAUCUUACUCUCCAUCCCGUAUGUUUGCCUCUCUUUCAGAGUUCAUUAGUGUAGGAGGUUUAAGGAGGAGAACCGGGUAUUGUGAUUAUGAAAGUAGGAAGCAAAUGAGCAGACAGGAGCCGUACAAAUAUUUUCUACUGUAAGAUUAUCGGUAGACACUGAUAGAUCAAAAGAACAACACACUAAAAACUGCUUCCACAACACUUUCCGGAAGCAUCUUCACACUGAUUUUUAGCGCUGCCUGACUCUUCUGCAGUCGUUUUACUCAUUGAUUUAUUUAUUUAACAAAAAUUGAUUUAUUUAUACACUGAUUUAUGUAGUUUAUUUAUUAUUUAUUUAUUGUUGUGUAGUGUGGCAUUCACGGCUGCACGGUGGUGUGUUUUUUUUUCUUUUUAAAUAAAAAAAACAAAACACUACGACUUUUCCCAUAAGGUACAUUGUACAGUAAGGAAGUCACAGGGGAGGUGGAUAUUCAUUCCAGGAGUUUGUGUGCAUGUUAACAAAAAAUAUCUCCUUCCCGUACUGUAGCAGAUGCUUCUACUUUACAGCUGGAAACUAGAGCUUCCCUGUGUGUGUUAUACAGUAACUGUAUGUGUGUGUAUGUAUGUGUGUGUGGCUGAUCUGGCCAAAUGUGGUUAUUAGGGCUAAUGUUUGUUUCCAGGUUUUCUGCCACCAUCUGGUUGAAUCUUCUUUAAAAAAAAACAAACAAAAAAAAGUAACUGCCGUGUCUUUGUGAUGUUUAUCAUCAAAGAUAACUGAGGGCUGGCUGAACUGUUUUGAAUAAAAGUGCCUAUUCAGAAACUCGAUUACUUAAUGUAGAUUUGUACAUAUUUUGAUUUGCUAAUGUGCAGUAAGACAUCUUUUUGGUUUUUAUAUGCCAUGAAACCUUUAAAUGUUGAAUAUUUCCAGUGCUCCCAGUAUAAAUAGGCCAUGAGAUGACUGCCUGUGGUGUAACUAUCUGUGCAUUCAAUGGUGGAGACCCCAAAAGAGUGCAAACUAAAAUAUUGUGCUUUAUAGACAAUAACACUGAUAUUUUGUCAGGUCUAAACAUUUUUGUGAGCAGUGUACUUAUGGAAAACAUGUACUUUAUCAAAAGGUAUAUGUAACAUUUCAAAAUGAAAUAGUAUUUAGUAGCUGAAUUUGAAUUUGAGAGGCAAAGGAAAGGUACUAGGAGGAUGUCUCUGACUUACUGAUACGGUGUUGAGCUCGUCUGUUCUGUUCUGGCCUCAGUAAGAGAUACUUUGCACUUAGAUAUCUCCUUUGUUAACUGAGACCCUGUUUGUCUUGAUUUCUGCUGAGCAGGCCUGUCUAAUACAGUGACUUUUAGGACUGAGUUGAAAGUUGAUUUCUAGUCAAAAAUGAUAUCAGAUAUGAAAAUGUUUGUUUUUAAUUGUGUCAAGCUGCACAUGAGUUGUCUUUUUGAUCUUCAAGCAGUAUUCUUAAUAUGAGGUUUGAGUUUCUUGCAUAUUCAUCCAGAGAUGUGGACAUGCAUCUGUGUCCUUUGAUUUUUCAUUUCUGGUUUAACUGAUAUUUGAACAAUAAAACAAAACCCAUACUUUGAUUUAUAUGACAGUUUUGAAGACACUGUUGUAAUCAACCACAUUUAAGACUAAAGAUCUGAAAAUGUUCCAUGAUGUUUCUACUGAUUGUGGAAACCUUAUUUGUGAAAAGUAUUCCUGCAAUAGGUCCAUAAGUGAAUGUUUUUAAAAUGUUGAGGGAAAAAUAAUCUCUGAUGAAAUCGAUUAUUUUUUUUUUCCCCUGUGUAGUUCUGAAGUUUAACAGUGUGUCUUCAGUCUGACAUCUUGCGAGUGUACUGAAAGAAAAUAAAAACACCUUUUGAAACUGA